AAAUUUUGGGUUUCCACCAUUUUUAGCCAACAAAGUUUACACCAAUCUAACGAUCACCAAAAUCGUUCCAAACAAACUCAACUCCCAAACAAAUUAACACUUGACUCUUCCUUUUAAAACAAGCCCUAAGAGAUGCGUGAGCAUCAGAGAUUCUUCAUAUUCUCACAAUCAAAGGACAGUACAAGAAGAAGAUACACAAUGAACGCCACCAAUUCCAAUGCCACCACCGUUUUGAUUGCAAACGCCUGUAAGAACGCCCAGUACAAGGAUCUCUGCAUCCAGAGCCUCCAGGCCGAUGAAGCAAGCAAAGAUUCAGAUCUCCGCGGCCUUGUCCUUCUCGCGAUCAGGCUCGCUGCCGCCAAUGGAUCUGACACCUCUGUCCACAUCAAGAUGCUGCUCAAAGACACGUCAGCUUUGGACCCCGUGAUUGAGCAGUGCCUCAAUGAUUGUUCCAAUCAUUACCUUUCCGCGAUCGAGCAGUUGAACGAUUCUAUUGCAGCGUUGCUUGCAGGGGCGAGCGAGGACGUGAAGAUCUGGGUGGAAGCGGCGAUCAGCGACGCGGAGUCGUGCGAGGAUGGAUUUAAGCAGUAUUCGGAGAAACAAUCUGUGAUUUCGGAAAGGAAUAGCAUUUUCCGGAAAUUAUGCAGCAAUGUCUUGGCCAUCAACAAGGUAUUGGAAGAGGGGAACUGAUUUACAGCGUCUGUGCUAAUUUGAAGAUACAAUUAUAGUAGAUCAUUGUAUCUUCUUCGAAGAAAAUUAUUGAAUGUGCAAAUUUUGUGAUUAAGAUCGAAGAGUUCAAUGUAAAUGUGGUACAUGGAUAGCGUACGUUGAAUUAAAUGAAAGGGUUUGUUUGAUUGUACAUUAUAUUUAAUUUCUAUAAAAAUUUAUCAACUGU